UCUCACUAUCGGGAAAGAAAAUGUCGUCUGUAGGAACAUCGAAAGGGGUACUGGAGAUCGUAAAGUUUGGUGUCUACGUCGCAGUUCCGAUCGUCCUUAUGUAUACAUUCGCCAACAACAGCACCAAUAUCAAGAAAUUCAUGGGCAAUCGUUCAUAUGUUGUCUAUCCUGAAGAGGCACCUCGACCUCCUCCACCCGAGGAGCUAAGGGAGAUGGCACGAGAGCUCGCCCGUAAGAAGAAUCUCUCUUAAGAGUUGUGAUCAGACGGGAAGGACUAAACAGAAGAGUUCGAUGUUAUCUGUAAUAGUAAAAUUGCUCAGCGUAGCAAACUGACAUAUAAUAAGGUAAUGUUAUGUUGUUGAUUCCUGUAAGAUCAAAAAAAUGGAAUGUACAAGAAAAGCAAUAAUGACGAAGAGGUGGCAUUUGUUUUGUUCAAGAACCUUGGUUACGUUUUGUGCUUAAAUACACAUAAAUGGAUACAUCAUUUGUAGUAAAA